AAUGAAGCAGGAAUAAAAUCAUUUUACAUUCACUCCUGUUAUUCAUCCACCUUUUAUUGAUUUGGAAAAGUAAGAAGAGCAAUUUUAUCCAUCUAUUGGAUAUAAUUUUGCUACAGGAGAUGUAAAACGUAAGAUAUACUAUAUUCUUUAGCUGGAUGGGCUUUCAUAAGUAAAGAUUAGCCACCAUGUGUUCCUUAUUUUUCAUCAUAUAUCAAAAAAUAGAAUGGAGCAGAAUUCCUCAUUACUGGUGGUGCUUAUCAAGAAAAUAAAUAAAUUUUUAGCUCUACCUUUUGCUUUAGAAUUUAGCUACAUGAUCAUAUGGAAGGACAUAGAAUUAAAUAUGAAUUGUGGAGAUAAGGAUUAAUAAGAGAGGAUGAAGAAGGGAAUGAGAUUGAAGGAGAGAAAGUACCUGUAAUACCACAAAUGAAUUUUGCAAGACACAAUCAUAAAGUUUUUGAAUUAUUGAAACCAGGAACAACAAAUUAAUAUUUAUAUAUGGUUGUUGGAGGUUAACUCAUAAAUUAAGAAGGUUGGGGUUUCUUAAAUUAAUGUGAAAUUUAUGAUGAGAAGGGACCUGUGAAUUAAAAUGGAGAAUAAUAAUGGGAAGUAGUGGAUUCUAUGAUUCAAGCAAGAGCUGGAUUUUCAGGCUUUGUUAUGAAUAAUAAAGUAUAUGUUUAUGGAGGAUUUACUAUUGAGAAUGAAGAAACUGUAUAGAAUAUUAUAGAAUUUUUAUUAGAAAAUACUCCAUAGUAAUAAGGUAGAAUGUUUUGAUCUAAUGACAAUGAAAUGGAAAGAUUUUAAAUAUAGAUAAGGUAUUAAUGUAACAAAUCAUUUGGGUUCAUCUUGUUUACCAAUUUCAGAUAAGCAUAUUUUAGUUUUUGGAGGUUCUAAUGGUGAGAAAGUAACUGAUAAAAUUGCUAUAAUGGAUAUUGAAAAAAAGUCAAUUGAAAAUAUUAAAUCAAAAACAAAAUUAAGUGUUCCAAGAGCAGGUUCUUAAAUUGUUGUUUUGAAACAAGUUGAAGUAGCAGGUUAAUUAAUAUUUAUUAUUAUAUUAGAUUCAGCAUAAAAGAGAGAUCUUAUUGUUAUAUUGGGUGGAAAUUAGGAUGAAGUUAGUUUUGAUUAUUUUACGAUAAAGGAUUAGAAUACACUUGAGAUAGAGUAUGUUGGAAAGAAUGAGUUUAAUAAUGCUUUUACUGGAGCUGUAACUGGAACAUAUGCAUUUGGUGGUGUUAAUGAUAUUAGAGCUUGGGUAAAAACGAUGUAGUACAUGCCUGUAGUGACAUUAAUAUAAUGAA